CCAGCAGCCCCUGUCCUGGAUGGGGUGUUGAGCUCCUAGGCUGGGGGCACAGCCUGGGAUGUGAGGUGUGAGGGUGCACAUGGAGCCCCCGUGCUGCGAGCAGAGGGCUGCCAAGGUGUCUCUGGCUGAGGUCCUGAGGUGCUUCGAGCACCCCAUAAGCGAGGGGCAAGCCUGGGCGCUUUGCUUUCAGUGCUGCUGCAAGAUGAAGCAGUUGGCGCAGGGGUUGUCCCCGUCGCUCCAUUCCGUGUUCAUAAAAGGCCCGGGGAGCAUUUUUAUUCACGCUGAUGGCACUGCUUCCUUCAGGGUGUACCAUAAGUCUGAUGUUGGCAGCAUUCAGCAGUCAGAGGACAAGCUGCUGGAGUACUUGGGAGUGGUGAUCUAUGAAGCCCUGGACUGGGGAAUCGACAGCCAAGUGGAGCGAGAACUGAGUGAGCCCCUGGAGAAGCUGCUCUGCCUUAUGUUGAAGCUGGAUGAUGAGGCAAUGAAGCCAGCGGUCACCCUGCAGGAUGUUAUCCAGGCCUGUGAGGAGCGCUUGUCUGUGCCUUCUGAGGCUAAGAGCCAUUAUGAAAUGACCUGUAGGAGUCUUUUUACUGAAUUUAUGGAACUUCAGAAGCUUGUGUCCAUCAUCCAGACCUCCAAAGAGAGUCUGAGAAAAAUGGAUGUUGAAGAUUUGCUGGAAACCCCCCUGCAGAAGAAGGAAAAACAGAGGGCACCCCUGUGGCCCAGCAUCAUCUGUGAGCUGCAGGCUGGGGUGAGGCUGCGCAAGGCCACCGAGCGACUGCAGUGCCCUGCCCCGCUCAAAGAGCGUGCCUGCUCCCCCUAUGAACGACUUCUGGAUGACAUUCAGCACAGGAGGUACAACCUUCGGAAGGUGAUCGUCGAGCAAAAACGCAGGACCCCCAGUGAUGAUGUAGCUGCUCCCAAGCCUCAUCUGAAACCUGUGCUGCAGAGGAAGCUGAGAGAGUGCGUGCCACAGGAGUCCAGGUGGCACCAACAGCUCCUGGCAGAAACAAAGCGACCCCAGACGCCGCAGCCAUCCACAGCAAGGGAAAGCGGGGGCAGGCCCACAGAAAUGCCUGUGAUGCCUAAAAUCGCCUUGAGAUCUCCAAGUGAUCGUUUCUUAACAUUUCAAUAUGCCAGUCCAGAGUUUAAAACUGUCAGUGCUGUAGCACAGGAGCUGGGACCAGAAGUUCAGGAGCCUACUCCCAAGCUGUCCUCCAGCACCCACCUUGCCUCAGCCAGGUCAUCAGUGUCCUGCAAGAGCACAGGUCUCACUGCAGAUUGUACACGUCCUCCCGUGAGUGCACCCAUGCUGGCAGACAUCAAAUCUGAGUGUUCCCUGAACGCUGGCCAACAGCAGCUGCCUCCUUACAGAGCAAGAUCCAAAUCUUUAGAGAGUGGCCUUCAAAGCAGGGAACGUGACCAUCACCUUCCUAACAUGUGGCCAUCACCAACCAUUGCUGAACUGAUCGGAACCAGAUACACAAUGAGAGUGCUGGAAGGGGAAGGCGUCUCCCAGGGAGGCAGUGAUGGUGCCUCUUCAAGAGGAAAGAUCUGUUUCAGCUGCCGUAAGCAGAUGUUUCUGAAGUGGCCUUACAGCUGUUACCUCUGCAGCAGUGUCGUCUGCUGUGACUGCUGCAUCAAGAUGUCCGUGCCCUUCAGAACGUGUGUUCAUCUCCCACUCCACUUCUUAAAACUUGUGAGGCUCUCCAGAGAGGAAGACCCAGCUACACAGGAGAGGAAGAACUCGGAGUUGCUGCAUGAAGUAGAGCACUGGGAGUGUUCUAGUGUGCCUGUUAUUUUGGAGCCCCAUUGCCUAGCACGGCCUCUGUGCUGUUACUCGAGGACCAUGGUGAACUGGCUGACUGCAGACCUCUGCACCCAGUGUGAGCAGUAUCUGCUGAGCGUGGCUUCCAACCAACAGCAGAACAUCCCACUCAGGAGAACUUCACAGUCUUGGACUAAACUGGAAUGACUGCCAUGCAUUUCUCCUGUCACUUGUUCUGUACCUGAAUAAUUUAAACAGCUUUAUGCACUUUCUGACAUAAAGGCCUGAAUAAAAGACUUCCCUGCUGCUUAGUCUAAGCAGGAAGCACAGUUAGUAUUUAUGUAUCGCGAAGUGUUAUAAAACAUUGUGGUUUUUAGAACUGUUUUAAUUCUUUUAUGUGUCUUUGGGGAAAAUAAAUGUUGAAGCACUAUCACGCCUCUAGCAUUUCCUCGUUUGCACCUGCAGUUGUCAUUUUGUGGCACUGUUUGCAUUCCUUGCUAAGCUGACUUUCCCUAUAUUCAUGGCAUAGGGCAAACUUUUAAGCUAAAACCUCUAUUUCAUUUUGCAAACACUUAUUCUUCCCUGAUAGCUCACUGCAAAGCACCCGAACUCACUGCUGUGAUGAAUGUAACACUAGUGAAGGCUGUCAGGCAGCCUGCUCCAGCUGUUUGCUCAGGAAUUGCUCUUGAUUUCUUUUGUGUGUGUGUGCUAGCUGUGCUUUGCCAGCAGAGCUCUUCACGGCACUAGUCGAUCUCAGUGCCAUCAUCACCUGAGGGAGGGUGGCUGUUUUCUAGGGGAUCUUGCUUUUUGUAUUGGUCUACAGCUUUGCCCUAAGCUAAACUGGACUAUUGCAACCUGUGUGACACUGGAACAAUAAAGAACACUUUGGUAAA